AUGACUUGGAUGGACUUUGUGGGAGAGUUCAGCACCAAGUAUUUUCCGCAGGAGGCACUUGAUCGUAUGGAGGUGCGGUUCUUGGGGUUAACUCAGGGUAACCGUACUGUGAGGGAGCUGGACGCUGAGUUCAGUCGGCUUGUGGGGUAUGCAGGUCGGGAUUUGGAGCCUGAGUCGGCUCAGGUGCGGAGGUUCUUGUUGGCUCUACGUGAUAAUUUGAGGACUCAUUGCAGAGUGAGGAGCUAUGCUACGAGAGCAGAGCUGGUGGAAACUGAAGCUGGGAUAGAGGAUCACUUGAGGUCACAGGUAGUGGUGGUCAGUCCUCCGGCGCAGCCAAAGCAGACUCAGUCUCAUUUUGUUCCUAGCAAGGACGGCAAGCCUGCACAGGGUCAGAAGGGGAAGUUUGAUACUAUGCAGAGAUCGGGGUCUAGUGGUGCAGGAUGCUUCAGGUGUGGGAGUUUGGAGCACAGGGUGGUGAGUUGUCCACAGAGGGGCAACCAGCCAGCACCGGAACGACUCGAGUGUGUUACCAUUGCAGAGAGGCGGGGCAUCUCAGAGCGUCAUGUUCUAAGCUACAUCUGA